AUGUCUAAGAUAGUGAUCGUUCUGUUGCUUGUGUUUGUUGUUGGCGAUUUGGCUCAGCGACACAGACGGAUAUAUAGACGAAGAGGCCGAUCUGUAGGAGAACCUUCGUACAACACCGACUCUCAACCUGAUCCUGAAUACACAAUCCCAUUAUUCCUUGGUGAUAUUAAUUUGGAACCGUCAAAACAGCAAACAGGCCUUGAUUUGUCGGACUCAAAACCUGGCCCUGAAUCAUCUUAUAAAAUGACAGCCAGUGCUGUAUCAACUCCUGAUGAUGAUGGAAUGGUUCCUAAAAUUCCACCUUCAAGCAUACAUUUAAACCCCUCGCUUUCACCAUCGAAACACAGAAAAUAA